UCUCGUCGUCGUUUUUUACAUGACUGACGUUACGAAGAAGAAGAGCGUUACGACAAUGUCGUGAAAAUCCCGUCACCAACAACACCAAGCUGAAAACAAGCUUCAGUUGAUCGAUAAGGCUCCUUUUCUUUUUCGACAUUACGUUUCCAGCUUCUUUUAAAUGCCAGGUAUCGGCUCAAGUGACCGGUUGGAAUGGAAGCUAUGGACGAUGACGGUUCGGACGUGAAAGAUGACCACAAUCACAACUAUUGUGCGAGCAGCAGCGGGGCAGGAGGGUCUCCUCGGGGGAGUUUGCGAUGCCACAGCGCAUCGGGUUCAAAGUUCAUGGACUCGGACUCAGGCAGCGAGCGCGGCGAGACCGAAUGUGCGAGCCCGGCGGCAGCGUCUGCCGAAGACAAACACACUCUCGACUCGACUUCCAACUUCCUUCUCAAUGCAAUCGCCGUGGAAGACUACCGUAACAACCACUGGCCAAACCUGGAGAAGGCCAUAGAGCGCCUGCUAAUACAGAAUCCCACGGACCACAUCUCUGUUUCAUAUGCUCAGAUAUACAGUUGCGUCUACAAGUGUGUGUGCCAACAACACUCCGAGCUACUCUACAAUGACCUGAAAUCCAAAAUAGCAAAUUAUCUCCAGCGGGUAUCCACAGAGCUGCAUGCCGUCCCACUUGAAAACUUGAUAGAAAGUUUCAACACGGCCCUGACACGAUACAUAACAUCUCUUCAGUGUAUUGUUCCAGUAUUUAUGUAUUUGAACAAGUUCUACAUCGAGUCGAAGCUGAACCGUGACCUGAAACAGGAUCUGAUGAACCUGUUUGCUGAUCAUGUUGCAGACAAAUAUGUCAACACACUCAUGCCUCUUCUCACUAAAGCUCACGCGGUGCCCUUCGAAGUUCAGCCGUCAACCAUGGCCAGCGUGGUUAAAGGCCUUCACAGCCUCCGACCAGAGUGGGCCCAGCUGGCACCUGCUCUCUUCUCUAACUUUAUUCCGCAAAUCAACCCUCCCGCUAUGGAAUCUCUGCUGCUGGACUAUGCUGCUCAUGACCAGAAGCUCCAGAUGGAGCUUUCCAUGAAUGGCUUUCCACGAGGUGAUCAGUCUCGCAAGCGGGCCAACGAUGACUCUUGAGUGGAAAGUGGGCAUCCGCAUUUACACGACCCUACGUUGUCGCUGUUCCAUGUGAAAGGUACCGACACUGAACGGGUCAGGACUGGCCAGCUUCUGAAGCAGCAUCAGAGGACUAACCGAACAGAGUCGGGACUGAGGCUAUGUAAAAGGAAUAGCGGUAUGUCGGGGCCGGGGUGUGACUCACUUCUCCCGUAAUGUCACACCAGACGCUGCAGUGGACGACCUCAUGGCGUGUCAUGUGUGAACACAAACACACGCAGCUAUUUCUUGGUUCGAUGGGUUGUGAAAGAUUCAUGCUCAGAAAUGCCGUCCGGCUCUGUUAUGCGUCUGAUGUGCUUCACACUGGGCGAAGGGGGCUUAUGUUACUGUGUCUCACACCUGUUUAUACAAUGUAAACAGCGUGUCACCUCUGCUUAAGCCUGAACAUCAGUGACACUGAUCACAGGUAAAUGUAAAGCGGUCAGUCCAGUGUCAGCGGACAUAUCCGUGUUUUCUGUCUUUGUCAGAGUGCCUUCAUGGUGUCUGUUGCGAUAACAUUUCAUACAGAGGCGAUAGGCUGAUAAUGCUAUUGCAUUCCUAACAUUUGUCAUGAAAAUGUCUUGCAAAACAAUGGCCUAACAAAGACUCGUGCUGCUAAUUACCCACACAGUAUGUUUGUAUACCAAUCCCUUGGUUUCACUCCUUGUGACUGAAGUGAGGAGCUUCAACACGAGAGUGUAGCGAAAUGGGAACUAAACUGUGAUUCUCCAUCCAUGUUGUUGCCUUUACUGUGUUGGUAAACGGAAUUGUGUUGCCAUUGAGACCAAAGACGAUUUGCAGUCCAGUACUUCGUAUUGAUUGGGUAAGGGUUCAAGCUAACAUUGUUAAUUAUGCAUGUUUACAUUGUCUUGAAUAUAUAUAUUUUUUUAAACUAACAGUUUCAGCGUUCUUGUUUUUGAGAUCAGAACUUAAAUCUGUGUGUCGUAGCCUUGCAUGUAGGAUUUUGAGUCAAGAGUGCCAUAAAGCCUAUUUUUGCCUUGUUUCUAAUGUGUAAAUGUGUCAAGUCUGAAUCUUCAUACAACAAAUAUGCAAAUUUUACAAUCUGCAGGUCUACAUGAAAAGUGUGUAACGAAGUUUCAUAUUUGCACAUUAGCGUUGACUAAGCUAUUUCUCACACAGGCAUUUUAGUGUAAUAAUGCACUUUGCUUUGUCUUUUACACUGUUUUAAGUGUGAUCUAGCAGCUCAGUCCUGCUUUUUAUUUUGAUCUUUAUGUCCUGAGAAUGCAUGUCACUGUCAUAUUUCAAUUACUGAUGGCACCCAGCAUUUUAUUUACCAACAAAAUGACUUGGAGGUAUGGCAGCAUACUGUACUGCACUCUGAAUUCAAAAUGUCAAAAGUGCAUGUACCUCUUUAUGUGUAACACAGUGGAUCUUGAAAAUCAAUACACCACUGUAAAGUGUUUGUGUGAAAAAAUAAUGUGACUUAAACCUUCCAUCUAUCCAUCCAUCCUGGGAUCCAGCAGACUUUGGGGGGGGAAAGGCGAUGUACACUCUGGACUGGUCACCAGUCAAUCAAAGAGCACAUAUGGGUCAUUUUCAUGUAAUUUGAUCAAUAACAGUAAAGACCUGGCCCACUGAAUUUCCUUUUAAAAUCAAUUAACUUUACUGAUAUAUUAUGGUGCACGACUGGUUAGCACAUCCGCCUCACAGUUCUGAGGACUGGGGUUCAAAUCCCGGCCUCGCCCGUGUGGAGUUUGCAUGUUCUCCCCGUGCCUGCGUGGGUUUUCUCCGGGCACCCCCGGUUUCCUCCCACAUCACAAAAACAUGCAUGGUAGGUUAAUUGACAACUCUCAAUAGCCCGUAGGUGUGAAUGUGAGUGGGAAUGAUUGUUUGUUUAUAUGUGCCCUGCGAUUGGCUGGCAACCAGUUCAGGAUGUACCCUGCCCGAUGGAUACCUGGGGUAGGCUCCAGCAUGCCCGCGACCCUUGUGAGAAGCGGCUCAGAAAAUAGAUGGAUGGAUGGAUAUAUUUGAAUUAUUGGCAGUUAUCAGUGAUAAGGUCAUAACUGUUUCUAAGAGACAAAAAAAAAAUUAAACUUUUAAUGCCAAUUGUCUUUACUGUUUAGGUGUCUGAAAUGAUUUGCAACAUAUUUUCUGAAGAUGUCAAUUCCAUCCAUAGGAAUUUUUUCCCCUAUUGCUUAAAUAUGCCUUUUCUGUGAAAACUAACACAAAUAUAUCUUAGUGUCCUCAGUGUUCCUUUUUGGUUCUUUCACAAACGAUCCUUUGUCACUCAAGCCGUCUUUACAGUUAAUGUCACUGUGGAGAGCCUCAUUUUGUUGUUGCAAUACACCAGGGGGAUCUGUGAGCUGAAGUGCCAGGAUGAGGCAAAUCAUUUUGCAUUCCAACAAUAGCAGACAGCAAAAUAAAUGGUUAUUUCUGAGAUAUGU